UGCCGUAUCACGUGGUUGAAUUAGUGCGGUUUUUUUUCCUGGUGAGCUUGGAUCGCAAACAAGACUUUGCUUUCGUGACUUUGUGUGUGCUUUCAGCUCGCUGUGUGUGAAUACACCGGACUAAAACUCGAAUGCGACUUGCAAACGAAGACCUACUCGCUUGGAAACUCCCAUGCGACGGCAAGGGCAGGCAGAGCCGCUUGUGCUGACGGUGUGAUGUUUCCUCACCGCAGAAUGCCGUGCCACAUCACCAUCCUCUAUGUAUACAGCAUCAUCAGCCUCAUGGCACUUUUUCACGCAACGCUCGUUGCGGCUGAGAUUGUUGCCAUUCCUCACAGCAACUCCACACCAGAGAUAAAGCACUUCUUCGAUCAAGAGCUGAGCUUCUCGGCUAUGGUGCCGGAUGAAGGAGUUCCAGGCUUGCUGACCAUUGCAUCACCUUUAGCAGCAUGUCAACCAAUUGCCCCUCCACCAUUUCCAUCCAAUGACAGUUUUGCCUGGUUUGUCUUGAUUGCCAGGUUUGAGUGUGGGCUGUCGGACAAAGCACGUUUUGCCCAAGAGGCGGGAUACGAUGUGGCUGUGAUUUAUGACCGUAAAGCGCACAACAAUGGCCCCUUUGAAACCCACAUUACACCAGAGCCCAAGUACUACCCUAUCAAAGGUAAUGGCCUAAAAGACACUGAUGACCUUAAUAUUUAUGCUGUUAUUGUGAGUGAAGAGACUGGGAUUCGGCUCAAGCGAUAUACAUACAAGGAUGACUACGAGGUGAAGCUUUAUCCAGAGACUUUCCAGAGCAUAUUAAGCUAUCUGCUGCCAUUCCUAGUGAUUGUUGGAGCCUGCAUCCUUGGACUUCUAGUCUUUAUGUUUUGUGAAUCUCUGCCGCAGUUGGUGCGCUGCUUUCGAGACUGGCGCAAGAAGAGGAAGUCCCGGCUGUCCCGCAAGUUUCUCAGGCAGCUGCCGACUACAAAGUACAAGAAAGGAGACAUAUACGAGACUUGCGCCAUCUGCCUCGAGGAUUACGUGGAAGGGGACAAGCUGCGCAUUUUGCCUUGUGCACACGCAUACCACUGCAAAUGCAUCAAGCCAUGGCUGCUGCACAACCGGCGUACAUGCCCUAUCUGCAAACGCAAGGUGGUACUUCCAGGCAUGGACCCCAACUCUGACUCGGAAGGUGAAGACGAAGGGGCCAAUGCCACAGAGCGCACACCGUUGCUGGCGGGCUCUGGUGGUGGAGGCGGCGGAACAUUCGAUAGCUCACCGUUGCCAUUUCGUCAACCAACAGACGCUACACUCGUUGUACGGGGCUCUGCUAAUCGCCCUAUUAUUCACACGGCAAGCUUCCAUCACGAGGACAGUGGCAUGCCGACUAGUAGCUCAUGCCCAACGCACGUGAGCACAGCACAUUCCCUAAACCACGACGUUGACAGCAGCAGUAUUGGCAGUGGCACUGAGGAUGAAGUGCAGGUCAGGCCUAGCCAGUCCGCAAGUACACAAGGUGAAAGCCAGCACCAUUUGCGGUUGUAGCACAUACGCUGAAAGAAUAAGAAUUAGUUUUUUUCGUGGGCAGGGCAAUUACUGUGCUCUAUGGCAAUUUUGUACCUUUUGGAGUGUACUUUUUUUUCGCACAACAAUAAUCGCCACCAUUCUCGUGAGCAGUCCACCUGUAUGAAAGUUGUGCUAGUUUGUACGUUUGCUCGCUAGGUGGUUCAAAGAUGACGCAGGCGCAAGAUUCUUGUGUGUCCUGUUCGCUUGUUUCUGAGUCAUCCUCGUACAAGUGGUAUCAUGUCUGCAGCGAUUUUCCCGUCACUAAGGCUUGAGGUGGUGAUGUAAUUUAUGAAAAUAGGGCAGGUAAUGCGUGUUAUUGGAAGUGCAGCAUUGAAAUUAUGUUGGUUCUUGUGGGGAACCAAAGUGCACACCUCGAGGUGUAAAAGUUUACUGUGGCUUAGGGGAGCCAAUAGAAUUCUCAAACACCAACGUGAUAGUGAUAGAACUGUAUGAGCUAUGCACUUUAUAGCUGCCUGCCUCUGUCUGCACACUUGUCUAGCACACACAAAAGGGAACUGGACUCGGGCCUUUGAAAUGUGUGUGUGCUCUCCACAGUCCAAAUUUUACUCCUCGGCGAGGCCCCUUUGGCGACUUUGUUUCCUACUUCACGCUUUGCUUGUGUGUGGUGUAUCAAGGUAAUCUCGAGAAACCGUGUUACUUGACGUUAGUAAAUUGCUAGUAUUGGGUGUUGUUUUAAUUAUCACUGAUGCAGCUAUGUAGUAAAGUGGCGUAGCAUAAAUGAUUGCAAUACAGUUGAGGUUGGCAGUGUCUUGCAGCAUUGCUAUUUUGCUUGUCUGCAUGUGUAGCAUGUUGCGGAUAUUUGCGCUCUUGAGUGGUCCAUGCAGUCAUUUUUCAAUGCUGGGCAGCAUCUCAAGUUGCGAGAGGGUCAUGCAGAACAAUUCGUGAACGGAAUUGACGUAGUGAAAAUCGCAGCCCUUUAACUACAUUUAUUAAGAUUGUUGGCUUGUACCUAUGUGGGUAACCUCCUAACCAGCUUCCUUCAUGAAGUAGUAAUGUACAUCGUUGGUGAUCGGCACUGACAAUAUUGAUUGUGGCUGUAGACAAGUGAUCUGGAACAAUUCAUGCACUGAGCAUAUAGUAUAUGUGUGCAUGUGUGUGUUAUGCUGCCUUUAAUUUGUAGUACCUGGAGGCUCUCAAGCUUAUAGAUUCUUGACUGUGCAAGGGUUUACACUGUAAGCUUGCAGUGCUGUGUGAUUUGUGAGGCUUUCUACUGGUGUGUAAAUUUGUCAAGAUACUUUUUAUCCGAGCAUCUGAGAGACGAAUGUCACAUUUCUAUUAGCUGUUUUUUCGGCAUCUAUGGCAUAGAUAUAGACGUGUCUUCAUAGCAACAACAGUGAGUGUAAUUUUGUCAUUAGUUGUCAGUCAUCUUUUCGCGUCAAGAAAUUCACCAAAUGAGUUGCUUGAGAGCGAAGUGAUGAGGUAGACAAGCAGGUCUGAAGGUAUAUGAACAUUUUGUAAUCAACUUGAUCCUUAGUAUAUCAUUUCAACUUACUUUCAUGCUUUAUGUUCAUGCUGGUGCUGAAACGUGCAUGUUGAGAGUGAUAAUUUUGUGUAUUCAUUCAUAAUUCAUUGAUUGUCUGUAUACUAUCUUGCUUUAUCGUGCAAACAACCAGCGACCAGUCAUGUGAUGUUUUUUAAUACAUAUAUCGUGAAGGGAUUAUGGUGAUGGUGGGAGUAAAUUUUUUUUGCCAAGAAAUGUCCCGCAUGUCAUGUGGGCACUUGGGUCACUUUGUUUGACUGGAUAUUGCUUAUAAAAAGCAGUGACGAGGUUGGCUUUGCAGCCUUCUCAAAAUACAAAGCUUUUUAGUGAAAUUGGCGAUGCAUGCUGUUGCCAAGUGCAAUUUUUAUUCGUUGUGAUUCAGUGGCAUUUCGUUUUAGCUUUGUUGUCAAGUGUGUUGCGUGUGUGUGACUGUGUUGUUUUUCAAAGCAAUGGUGUAAAUUGCAAACUCUAAGCAUUACUAGGAAGACCAUGUUGUCCCUCCAGCAAGUAACAUCAGCCGUGUAACCUUGCGUCCAUGUAUCUUGAAAGGCUGACUCAAACAAAGAGUGCAUGCGUGUGUGUACAGUAUAUUAUAUAUAUAGCUGCAACUUGCAUAUAUGGUGCAUCAUUAGAAUAGCGCUAUUGGAACUACAGCAUUUGAAGCAUUUUCAUGUGCCACUUCACUGGUUAUGCUGAACUAGUGCGCUAACUGCAAUACAUGUUUUUUUUUUUUUGUAUCACUCGUCCCACGUGUAGCCGCUGUAUCUAUAACGGCACUAUGAUGAAUGCUGGCAAUCGACAAAUGUGGCCGAAAGCUUAGAGGUAAUAUGUACUGGCGGCUUGUUAGAUCGGUAACACCUUAGCUCAAGUGAGUUGAUUUUCCCCUAUCUUUAUAGUAAUAGCACUUGGCUAUGUACAGUCGAACCCCGUUUAUAAGAGACACUGACAUAAGAGACAAAUGGGUAUAAGGGACACCAGUGUGCGUACAGUAAAAUACGGGUUGAUAAGAAAAUGCAUUGGAGGUGCCCUGCUUAUAAGAUACAGUUCAUAUAAAAGGCAAGAAUUGAUGCUUGGAGAAUGUCUCAUAUAAAGUGGUUUAACUGUAAUGCCAGUGUGAUUUAACUUGACAUAUAAUACAGUGGGAGAGAGGCUGGUACAAAAAGCAGCAUUGCUGAGGAUGUGUCGUGACGUGCCGAACUAUGUCGGUGUGCAAACAUCCUCGAAAUAAGGAAGGAGGACUGCUAGUUUAUUUCGUAUAGUAUGCGGUCCACUGGAUAGUAUGCAUUGCCACUGGACGAUACCCAAGCUGCUGUCACUAUGCGGGCACCUCAUACCGCGGUGUACAACUGGCCAUUGCUAUCUGACGAGUGCUUUUAACUGCAGCCUUGUUUCGUCUACCUCCUUGUCGCUGGGAGCAUCUCUUGAUUGUGGACUGCGUGUGAAGUGGUGCUGCAUUGCUUUGUUUAGACCGACUAGAGCGGGCUCAACUGUGUACACCAUAUUUUAUAUAUAAUGCACUAACUUGUUUUCUUGUGGUACUGCUGUAAUGAUAUUUGCGCUAGUCAUCAUUCUAUCUGGACAGGCCCUCAGUAGUGAAGGAAGUGACGUCAAUGAAACUAGCUGUCCUCUGUUGCUGAUUAACAAUUUCUCUUGGGGUGCAUGCUUGAAACUUGAAACAAGUAGCACAGUUGUUUUUCGAGAAGAUGAAAAUAAAUGUUUAUUUAAAUUA